CUUAUUUCUCAUUCUCACACUUUUUGUUAAUUAGAGUUCUCUCUCAAAAGAACCUUCUCGAACCCUAACUUCCAUUGAUGAAAACCUUCAUUUCCUCUGAUUUUGUUUGUUAACACAUGUGUCAAUGAAUUACUGGACAAAAGGGAUACAAUUACUAUAAUAAUUAGUUCGUGUAAAUGUACGCUUAUGCAAAUUGUUAUAGGGAAAACUUUUCCCUCCUUGUCUCUCUCCCUCGUCUAUUUCUCUCUGUGAAUCUGUCUUCUCAUCCCAUUUCUUUCUAUUACUGUCACUUUUUAGUGUAAUUUCUAUGUUCUCGUUAACAAUAUAUCAAUCUGUUAAUUAGGUAUAUGGUUGUACAUAUUGGAUUCAUUACAUUGGUGCUUUCAUUGAUUUGGACUCCAUGGAUCUCUACUCUUCUACCAUUGUCCACUAUCACCUCAAUGCCAUCCAGGAUUUGAUAAUGGCUAUGAUGGACAAUAAUGCUCGUAUGCUCAGGCACCUCGACAACAUGGAGCAGAUGAUGUCUGCCUCUUCCAAGAAGAUCCCUAACACUACAGAGCACUCAGACGUGGUUGUGUCUUUGGACGAUAAGUGUGAGUCAGAGGAGGUCUCGACACCUCUUGUUAUUGCAGAAUCAAUGACUAAUUUUGAUUUGGAUAAAGGACUCUCCAGCCCUGUGGACGAUCCCGAAGAAGAGGCUUAUUUGAGAAGCUAUGCCUACCAGGUGUUUGCUGAAAUACCCAACGGGGAACUUAACAUGGAAGUUAAAAAUUCAGUGAAGAAUGAUUCAGUCAUUACAGCAACCCAGCUGUUUGAUGAAGUGUUUGACGUAGUUUCUGCAGUUAAGUGUGCUUACAAUGAUCUUGUCAUGUUUGAUAAUCAACUUACAGUGCCUUGUAUGCUUUCCGCUUGCCGACACAACCAACUUAUCAGUAGAGGUAUACUUGAUUAUUUGUAUAAACUCGGUUGUGCUGAACUUUUAUUCACUUUGCAUCAAUUUCCACCUAAUCACUCUGGAUUAGACUUUCCCUUUGAUCCUGGCUCCAGUUUGCCUUCCACAUAUGUUGGCGCUACAAGAAAUUUUGUAUUUACCUAGUGGAAUGCUUGCAUUGUGCCCUUGACCCUUCCGUUGCAAUAUAUUGCAAUUGUAUGCAGACGGGUAAUAACAAAUAGUGUGGGCUCAAAUGUUCUCAUAGGGAUUGCAAUUCAUGGUUUUCACAUAGAUAUUGAUGAUGUUGUUACGUUGGACGAGCAAGGAGCUUAUGGUGAAUGGCCACUUGGCCUACCAACAAAGGAUUCCCUGGUUGCUGAUGAUAAAAGAAAUAACAUUGCUGCUUAUAUUCAUCUAAUGGUCAGGGUGUGGUCAUUUUUUAUUAAUCUUCCGAAAAAUGCACUGGAUAUUAAGGAGGAUGAGAGGCUAGGAAUGGCCAAAAAUCUUCGAUGGUUAAGGAGCAUCUUCACUGAUGAAGAUGUAUAUUUUUAUGUUCUUCUAUUUGAACUUCCUACAAUAUCUUAUAUUAAUCACAAGCUAGAUGAGCUCCUGUUCCAUUUUAAAAAGAAGAUCUUGAAAACCUUCCUGAUGGUUUCCUCUUUCCGUCACUCUUGGUGUGCAAUUGAUUCUUUCCUGAUUAAAGCCCUUGUCCAUUCUUACUUUCUUUAUUAUGAGAGUAUUACUGUAGCGACCUUCCAAUUGCAUCUUCCAAGAAUUUCUGAUUCUAUGUGGGUGGCGGGGGAUAGUAUGAAAAAGAAUGGAUAUUAUGGAAGUCAUUCAUGGGACUAUACAAGGUUAUGUGAAGAACACCAAAUCUGGAAUCCAAAUGUUGAAAUAGCUUUUAUAUGUGAGAAGUUGCAGCUAGUCUAUCAUCUUCUAAUAAUAAAAUUAUCAACUCAAAAUAUUUUGAGUAAUCAUGGAGCUAUAAAGUUGCACCAGUUUCCAGUGCUACUAUGUAUAUUGUUAGUCUUGGUGGAAUCGUGCUUCUUAAUUGUGUAUGGGAUCCAGGAAUCAAUUCCAAGACCAUGAAUCUAUAUGUUCAUACAGAGACCUCGGAGGCACAACUAUUACUGGGAUCUCGGGGCAAUUUUUGUUUCUGUGUAUAUUCUGAUUCUAUGACUAAGGUGUGGGAUCCCGGCAGACAAAGGGAUAUCUCAUCUCACUCGACGGAUUUGGCUAAAGGGAGAGUGAAAUAUGGAAUUUAUCAUCUGACAUAUUUAGACAUAUUUAGCUUUGAUAUAAUCCGUGAGGGUAACCUCGUUCUUUGCAAUCAAAUGGACGAACCUGGUAUGUUUAGCCUAAUUGCAAACAGGUUUGCUGAUGCUUUUAUUUCAUGGGUUUCAAUUUGUACUAAAGCUCACUUGCCGUUCUUCAUGUACUAGAAAACUACAUAUGUCUAUGACCCUUUACCUAGUCUGGUAAUUUCAAGGCAUGAGAUUGUGAUUGAUCAAAACAAGUUGGAGUUAAGGAACAGAGGAAGAGAAAUGCUUUUCUACUGGCAGAGAGCUAGUAGCUAUGGUCAAAUGAGGAUUUGUCACAUUUUGCAGUAUCUUGCUUCGCAGUCAACUCCGCCAUACCCACUUCAGCAACAACGACAAGGCAGCUUAAUUCGACCACAUGUCAACACUCAUUCCUUAUUGAUAAGGCUAUACUCGAACCUUGAGGACAAGGUUCUCUUUGAGGGCGGGAGUAUUGUUAUGAACAAGGUAGACCAAAACAAAUGGAUUGGGCUUGGGAAUUGGUUUCGCGUGGGUCAGAAUAUUAACCAGCCCAAAGAGAGGUUAUUAGACUACAAUUGGGACCCAGGUUGAGGUACAUGUGUCAAUGAAUUACUGGACAAGAGGGAUACAGUUACUAUAAUAAUCAGUUCGUGCAAGUGUACGCUUAUGCGAAUUGUUAUCGGGAAAACUUCUCCCUCCUGGUCUCUCCCUCGUCUAUUUCUCUUUGUGAAUCUGUCUUCUCAUCCCCUUUCUUUCUUUUACUAUCCUUAGUUACUGUCACUUUUUAGUGUAAUUUCUUUGUUCUCGUUAACAAUAUAUCAAUCUGUUAAUUGGGUAUUUGGUUGUGGA